AUGGGCAAGGGUGCAUAUACUGUUCUUCAACAGCUCUUGAAGAACCUCAACAAGACGGUGGUUGAAGCCUAUACAAUUGGAGUUGUCAUAAGCUUCUUUGACAUUGUGAUCGUACUGCAGGCAUUUUUCCUCACUCUGAUUGUGUCUAUUGCACUCACAAUCUACACUCUCCAAUCAAAGAAGGACCUAUCACAGCUUGGGCUUUUUGUAUUUGCUGGACUAUGUGUCUUGUUGGGAGCUGGCUUGCUUCAGCUAUUUCUUCAGAGCCCUGGGAUGGAGAUAGUCAUUGCAGCAGCUGGUGCCAUUCUCUUCUCACUCUUCAUCAUCUAUGACACACAUAUGAUGAUGCACAAACUGUCACCAGAGGAGUAUAUCCUUGCUACCAUCAAUUUGUAUUUGGAUAUCAUCAACCUAUUUCUCCACAUCCUUCGCUUUUUAAAUUCUCGCAAGUGACUCCACUGCUCUGCACAUCUACUGUCAUAUAUGCUUGCACACCUUCAAUGUAAAUGAGUUCAAUAUGUAUUACAAAGGUGAAAAGAGUUCAGAAUAAAAGGACAUUAUGGGG